GUUUUGCUUUGUGGUCAUUCGAGGCGAAUGUUUUGUUCAGUUCUGUUCCGGAGUCCAAGCCAGUGACGAACCGAGGGCGUCGGGUAUGGUUUUCCACCAAUCCAUCGCAUCAACUAUCGAGGCUUGCUGUUCUGAUAUCGGUCUUGUGAAGGCGCCACAAGAAACGCGUGAAAAGAGUGGUCGUUCAGUGCCUAGUUUGUGAAGAUGGCAAGCGGAAACUCGUGUUGUGGUUAUUUAACACUCUAGCACGCACGUUUACCUGGUGGUUUCAUUUUAAGCUUGAGAACGUCGCAUCAUUCGGUGCUCCAGGCCAGCGGACAUCAAGAUUCUUUUCUCAAGUUUAUCGCGUAAAUUAAUGAGCUGCCCUGGUGUGUGUGUGAUACCAAAGUCGACAGGUUCAUCAUUACAUUCGCUUGCAAUCCAUCACAUCAUUCAACUCCCAUGAAAUCUGGUUCCAUGAACAACCACCAAUCUAGCUGAUGGUUGCCUCGCCACCUAUCAAGCCAGCACUGCUCACGUCAUAGCUCGAAAGGAGUCUACCGUUGGAAGAUAACGAAGGUGUCCACUGGAAGGGACCUGCAGGAAUCCCGGAAAUGCCGGCCUCGUUACAUCCCGAUUGGAACUCACGCGAAUUUGGCAGCUGUCUUACCGCAGGGAUCCAAUUUCGUUCGGUGUAACCGAGCCCGAAACAUUCCAACACCAACCAAAAAAACAAAACCACAAAAAAGCCCCUGAUUCGUCCUAUUCUAGCCUAGGGGGUGAAAUUAAAUCAGAGGAAGCACUAGCGGAAGAGUAUCCAAGUAUUGUAGAAAGCAGCACCAAAUGAAAACGGAAAGAAGGAUGUCGAAGCAGCAAGGAAAAUACGAACUGCUCAAGGAGGAAAACAACCUAAGGCGAAAGCACACCUAUAUACAAGGAUGUCUGUUGGUCGUACUCUGCGGCUUGUCGAGCGUGACGGUCUACACGAUCUGGACCAUGAUCUACCGACAGAAUCUAAUAAUACCACCGACACUCAUUGCCGUUUCGCCCCACUGGCACAAACGAAUCGUACAGUACGAGGGUGCCUUGCGUGAAAGUCUGCAUCGUGAGGAAGUGGCUCAGUUUGAUGCAGCACUCGCGAAGGAAUUGGAAAGAGAACAGUAUGGCAAGUCCACGCCAGCCAGAGCUGCUAGUACACCGGUGGACAGUAAACAGCAGCCCGAACAGCACCGGGUGAAGGAGCUCGACAACGAGCGAAUAUUCCCGUCGCGCUUCGGCAACUACAUCUACUCGAAGGAGGCCACCCGAGGGGAACCGCCGAGCCCGAAGAUAGUCUGCUACUAUACGACACCCUCGCUACGCUCGACCCAGCGGUCUGGGUUGCUCGGGCGGGGUGGUGCGGCGCUGCGUCACACCCUUCUACCGGACCGCAUCGAUCCGCAUCUUUGUACGCACCUGAACAUCGGCAUCAUCGCGAUCGUCAAUGGAACGCUGUUUAUCGACGACGAUGUGCGCGAAUCGCUCGUCCAGUCGAGAGAGCUCCGGCGGGCCAACCCGAACCUGCGCAUCCUGCUGUGGGUCGGUGGGGGUAGCGUCGGCGGCUUCUCCGAGAUGGUUGUCGACCACGCCAGCCGCAAGGUGUUCAUCCAAUCGCUGAAAGCGACCCUCGAGCAGUACCGGCUCGACGGCGUCGACCUCGACUGGGAGUUUCCGGACAGCUGUUGCAAGCGUCGGAUGCACUUCUCCCAGCUGCUGCACGAAAUCCGGCGUGAAUAUCAGCGCGAACACCGGACGUACAUCCUGAGCGUAGCCGUCGCUCCGCAGGAAACGAUCGCCUACAUGGCGUAUGACGUGGGCGAGAUCAACAACUACGCCGACUACGUUAACCUCAUGACGUACGACUAUCACUUUUAUUCGUCCGCACUUCCACAGACGGGGCUAAACGCACCGUUGUACCGAAGGGCAAACGAGCACUCGCUGCUGGGAACGCUGAACAUCAACACGUCGGUCGAGUACUGGCUGUCGGCGGGUCUCGACAAGAGCAAGCUCAUCAUCGGCCUGCCCACGUACGGCCACACGUACACGCUCGUCAACCCAUUCAAUGCGCGCAUCGGUGCGCCGGCGUCGGACGUCGGGCGCGUCGGCACGCUCGGCUUCGCGUCCUACUCGGAGGUGUGCUGGUUCCGCCGGCACAACAUCUACGUGCACCAGGUGUACGACGUGGACAGCUGCUCGCCGUACCUGUACGCCGGCAGCGAGUGGAUCUCGUACGACGACGAGCGCAGUCUCGAGUGCAAGGCGAACUACAUCAAGGCGCAUGGUUUCGGUGGCGCCAUGAUCUUCUCACUGAAUACCGACGACUUCGGCUCGUACUGCGCCGACAAUGCGCUGUACCGGGAGGAGCCGGUGGCGCACGAGGCCAGCUUUCCGUUGCUGCGCAAGGUACACUCGAUCCUGGUGCCGCCUUCCGCGCCAGUCCCAACGUCACCGGCCCCUGGGGAAGUGACCGGCAUCCGGUGAAUCGCCAAAAGCGAGGGAGCGAGCGUCGGCUAACUAACCAGGAAACAUUCCCCAAGGAAACGUUCCGAUCAGCCUAUAGACCUGCAUCAUUCGCCUUGUUUUCGUGCUUUUUUUAUACCGUUGGCGCUCGUCGCUCCACGUACCGGACCACUCCGUGUGCUUUUGUUUUGGUGGCGCUUGAAACCGUUUAUACCGGAGUGGAUGUUUGUUUUCCCCACACGCUACCAAGCCGGAAAAUCUAGUCAAUCUCACACGCACACAGAAACACACGCGCAGAAACACAAACAAACACCCACAAAUACACACCGGGAAGUGGGCGAUCCUAAGAUGCUAAAGAAAAGAACUCCACCGAGCAAAGCGGAGCAUGCGAACGGAGCGAACAAAAGCCGCAAGAUGCUUCAAAAAAAUAAAAAAAAAACACCUGCCUUAACCGCCCUCACAUCAUAGUAGUAUUUUUAAGCAGCUGAGUUCUGGGUAGGGUAAAAUCUUAA